CACGUCACGUCACAGACGUUUAUUUUCUAUCUUUUUUUGUUGUCUCGGUCCUUGAACUUCUUAAUUAAUUUUGUUAUUUUAAAAUGAACACUAAAAAAAUGCAACGUGUUUUAGUUCACUAACGUGAUCGAAAUAUUUUUAAGACUGAAAAACUAUAUACAUCGCGUUAAGAGAAGUGUUCAACAAGAUACAAGCAUAACAUAUAUCCACCAUGGAUGGCCAGGACCAGAUGGAGCUGAAGUUUAGUGGCGGUGGAGAAGUUGGUGGUCUUGAGCUCUGCAUUGUCUGUGGCGAUAGAGCCUCUGGGAGACAUUAUGGUGCUAUUAGUUGUGAAGGAUGCAAAGGUUUCUUCAAGCGCUCAAUCCGCAAGAAGCUGGGCUACCAGUGCCGCGGCAGUAUGAACUGUGAAGUGACGAAGCACCACCGUAACCGAUGCCAGUACUGCCGCCUGCAGAAGUGCUUGGCGUGUGGUAUGAGGAGCGACUCGGUCCAGCAUGAACGGAAGCCGAUAGUGGACAAGGUGAAGGGAGAACAGCGAGAUGGCCAGCUCCACGACCGGCAGACUGCGUACUCCAAACUCCUGGGGUUAGCUGGACAAGCACAGGCCGGACAGAUUAAUCCAAAAGAAGAGCCAUCAGAUACGUUCGGGGCGGUGUCCCCGGCCGCGCCGGCCAUCAACUUCGCCCUAGCUGCCGCCGUCGCCUUUAACAAGAGCAAUCCAGUGUCACCUUAUUUGAACCCGGGCAAUGCAAAUGACAUCGAGGGUGCGAGGCGGCAACACCUCAUGCUGCAGACGCAGCUUGCGAAGAAUCUCUUCAAAAUGGGACAAUUUGGUGCUAUAAAUGACUAUAUACAAGCAUACACUGGAGCAACCCCCCCAGAAGUACAGAUCUCAGCGUUACACACCGCUGCAGAAACACAGCAGAAUGAAACGGUCCCCGAGUGCCCGAUCCUGAGCACGGCGGCGUCGCUGCGGCUGCCGCUGUCGGUGCCGCCGCCCGCCGCCGCGCACCUCCGCCUGCACCACGCCUGCGAGGCCGCCGCGCGCCUGCUGGCCGCCACGGCGCGCUGGCUGCUGGCCGUGCCCGCCGCGCACCACCUGCCGGCGGAGGUGCAGACCGCGCUGCUGAGGAAGUGCUGGGCGGAGUUGUUCGUGCUGGGCCUGGCGCGGCACGCAGGUGCGCUGCAGCUGGGCGCGCUGCUGCCGCCCAUGGUGGCGCUGCUGCACGCGGAGCUGCGCCGCCGGGGCUCCGCCGCCGACCUCCACCACCAGCCCGCGCAGCCCGAGAUCACAAUAGAGGACUACACAGACGAGCGGAUAUCCGAGAUUAUCAGCAUGCUGACGAGGCUGCAGCAGUUCAUCACCAACAUGGAACAGCUCCGAGUGACGGAGCGUGAACACGCAUAUCUAAGGGCCCUAUGUUUAUUCUCACCAGACGGGGCACCAGACUUUUUAACCAGGAAACUGCAAGAUUACCAAGUGAAAGCCCUACGAUCGUUAAAGGCGAUCUGUCAGCCUGAUGAUGAGAGGCUAGCCACGUUGCUGCUCCAGCUGCCCGUACUCCGGACCUUCACGGGCACCUUCCUCGAGGAUGUGUUCUUCGUGGGCUUCCUGGGUGAUGUGUGCAUUGAUGACGCUAUACCACAUUUGCUGAUGGCCGAGCGUUGAUGUAUCCAGCUAUGGAAUGAUGCUUCUUAAAUAAUUAUAAUGUUAUUUUUAUAUUGUACUAUUAAGUGCCUUAAUUGUUCCCUAUUUUAAUGAAUUAAAAGUUUUAUAUGUAUUAAGAAUAAAUAUACGAAUUAUGUUUAU